AUGCAGCCGCAAACGAGAUUGGGUCUGCGUCUGGUCCAGACGCGGCCAUCGAUUGUCCCUACGGUCUUUUCCCUACCCCGUCUGAUUCAUACGACGCCCUCUGCGCCCGCCACCGUCUCUUCGAUCCACGGCCAGGGCCCGCCGCCCGAGCCCCCCGUGCCCGAGACCGACAGCACGGCCCAGCGCCUCGAGCGACGGAGGAAGCAGGCCUCGCUCCUCAAGGCGGCGCAAGAGAUCCGAUCCAAUGCGGGCAAGGCCAAGAAGCAGCAGCAACAGCAGCCGCUGCGCAAGCGCUUCUGGAAGGACGUCACUGUGCGCGAGGUAGACGGCGCCCUCGAGGUGCAUCUCGACACCCGUCCCCUGCGGCACCCGACCACCAAGAAAAUCAUCCGUCUUCCCGUCAGCAAGCCGCUGCUGGCAGGCGCCCUUGCUCACGAGUGGGAUUCCUUGACCAGCGUGCAGCAGGCCUCCAAGCAGCACCUGAUCCCCUUGACGAGUCUCAUCUGCCGCGCCGUCGAUAUUGGCGAGGACGACGACCUCCAGGGGGAGAUUCGGCAAGGCAUCGUCAAGAUGGUCAUGCGCUACCUCGACACUGACUCCCUGCUCUGCUGGGCGCCGCCGCCGGGCAAGCACGAUUACGUCGAGGGCCGGGAGUCGCUGCGGGAUAUUCAAAAGAGGACGUCGGAGGAGAUUAUUGGUUUCUUGACGACGCGGGUGUGGCCGGGUGUAGAGCUUCACCCCGUUUUGGACGGAGAAUCGCUCAUGCCCAGAAGUCAUGAUCCAGUCACGAGGCAGAUCAUCGAAGGCUGGGUCGCCGGCCUCAGCUCCUGGGAGCUUGCGGGACUGGAGCGUGCCGUGUUGGCUGGCAAGGGACUGCUCGGUGCUGCUCGACUCGUUGUGGAGUGGAGCGAAGGCUUUGUCGGUGCGGGUAUUGGAGAUGGUGGCGUUGGCGCAGUCAAGUUUGGUGCCGACGAAGCUGCCAAGGCAGCCAGUUUGGAGGUCGACUGGCAGACAGGAAACUGGGGCGAGGUUGAGGAUACCCACGAUGUAGAGAAGGAGGAUAUCCGCAGGCAAUUGGGCGGCGUCGUCCUUCUUGUUUCCGGCGUGGGCAAAAGGUAA